AGUCUUAAGUUUUUAUAAAAAUAUAUUCAUUAUUUUUAUAAUGAUCACUGAACUUGAUAUCAGGUUCAGCUCCACUACUGACCUUGGCUAGAUGAUCUUGGGUGAGCCAUUGAUCUCCAGAUACAGCUUUCUUUCUUUUCUUUUUUUUUUUAGAUUUUAUUCAUUUAUUUGAGAGAGAGCACAAGCAGAGGGAGAGGGAGAAGCAGGCUCCGCACUGAGCAGGGAGCCUGACGCAGGGCUCAAUCCCAAGAUCCCCGGAUCAUGACCUGAGCCAGGCAUCCCCAGAUACAGUUUUCUCUUCUGUCAAAUGGAGUUAGCAUCUUUCAUUGUGGUUGUAAUAAUGAUGAGAAUGACAUAACAUGUGGAAAUAUCCAGCAUAAAACCUAGCAUAAUGUAGAUGUUCUAUUAUUCCUAGCUGAAUCUGUCUCCAAAAAUAAUAGGGUAAAGUACAUUUUAAUUAAGCUAGUUUUAUUUGGAAACCUUUAAUAAGAAUGAUUGAACUAUAAUUACAGUGCAGGAUUCCUGGUACACUUUAGAAAAAUAAGAAAGUGGUAAGCCUUUGUUAGCUCCAAGGAGUUACGGCUAAGAUCAGAAACUUAGGAAUUUUCCACUGCGGUAAUUAGCUAAUUGUUUUGUUGUUGUUUUAAUAUAUGAAGGUGUGAUUGAAAGAAAGCUUUGCUAAUUCUGACACUGCAUUUUUGGGGUGGCUUGUCGCCAUCCUGUCAUUCGCUGUGUGACAUAGCCCCCAAAGGCUUUUUUCUUUUUGUGUGUGGGGGGGCGGGAGUGAUACAGCUUUAGAUAUAAUUCACAUACCGUAUAAUUCAUCCAUUUAAAGUGUCCAAUUCAGUAGUUUUUAGCAUAGUCACAAAGCUGUGCAUCCAUCAUAACAAUCAAUUUUAGAACAUUCUCAUCGCCACAAAAAGAAACUCUACUCUCCUUGCCUCUCCCCAUUUUUCUCCAGAACUCUAGGCAACCACUAAUCUGUAUUCUGUCUCUAUAGAUUUGCUUACUCUGAAGUGAAAUCUUCAAUAUGCUCAUGGCUUCUUUCAUUUAACAUAAUGUUUUCAAGGCUUAUCCAUAUUAGAGCAUCUAUCAGUACUUCAUUUCUUUUUAUUGUCUAAUAUCCCAUUGUAUGCGUAUACCACAUUUUUUUAUCAGUUGAUGGACAUUUAGGUUGUUCCCACUUUCUGGCAGUUAUGAAUGAUGCUAGGGUUGAACGUUUAUAUACAAAUUUUUGUGUGGACGUAGUCUUUUCAUUUCUCUUGGGUGUGUACCAAGGAGUGGAGUUGCUGGGUCAUAUAGUAACUCUAUGUUUAACCUUUUGAGCAACUAACUAAAUGUGGCUGCAGCAUUUUACAUUUGUACCAGCAGUAUAGGAGGGUUCCAGUUUCUAUACAUCCUCCCUAACAUUUGUUACUGUCUUUCGAUUCUAGCCAUCCUUAUUGGUGUGAAAUGAGAUCUCAUUUGUGGUUUUGAUUUGCAUUUCCCUGAUGGCUAAUGAUGUUGAAUAUCUUUUCAUGUGCUUAUUGGCUGUUUGUAUAUCUUCUUUGAGGAAAUGUCUAAUCAGAUCCUUUGUCUAUUUUUUUAAUUAUUGGUCAUUUUAUCAUUGAAUUGUAAGAGUUCAUUACAUAUUUCAGAUAUAAGUCCCUUAGCAGACAUGUCCCUUAUUUGUACAAAUAUGCCCAAAAGUUUUUAUGCCUUCAGUACAUGAAUCUAAUUAUAGUAAUCAUCCUGACUGAGUACCUACCUCUGGGUCAAGCCCUGCAGUGGCCACCAUAUAUGGAUUAUUUCCUUUGAUCUUUAUAAUGACCAACAGUAUAGAUCCUAUUAUCUGCUGUUUACACAUGCAAAAACUGAGGCCCAGAGAAGUUAAAGAACUAGCCUGGGGUAAGACAGUAGUUACUGCCUAAGGUGCAAGUCACACGUGAGCCUCAGUGUACCCCACUGGGACAAGAAUUGACACAGGGCUGUCCAUUCUCCUCUGCCGGAGCUCGGAGCCUCUUUGAGUUUCUGGCAUAUGCCUGUGUGCUCACUCUUGUUCAUAUUGUGCCUACUCUUGAAGAGUGAGCCUUGAUCUCCCCUUUCUCUUAGUCCUUAUGUCCUUAAACCACUCUGAAUUCCUCAUGUGCACUGCACCUGGUACUUUGUCUUCAUUUUCUGGUUAUUUAUGUUUAUAGCGUAGAUAGACGAGGUAGAGAAACAUCAUUUAUUGAGGGGUCUUAGUUUAGCUUUUAGGAAGAACCAGGUCAAAUUGGAAAACUCUGGUGCUAGUUACAGAGGAUUAUUUUUGCCUUUGUGUAAGAAGAAAUGUCUGACAGCUAAAGCUGUCCCUCAGUGGAAUCAGCUGUCUAGUGGAGAACUUUCCAGAACAGUAUGUAUUCAAGCAGCAGUAGAGUUUCCUUCUCUCAGGAUGUCAUAAAUGCAUUUCCACAUGGGGUGAUGGGCUGGACUCUGAGGCCCCUUCCACGUUGGAGAAGAGCUUGUCUCCUGCCAGAGGUGAUAAUAUAGCAGUCAAAAAACAUGGCAUUUCUUUUAUGCUCUGGCUUUAGGUUUUUGUUUUUUUGUUUUUAAAGUCUAAAUAAACAUAGUGCCAAACUCUUAAAAAUUAAUAGGGUAAAAAUGUCUUUAACCUUCAAAAUUUAAUCUCAUUUGAAUAAUGUACUUCUUAUUUCUCCGAUUGACCUAAAACUGCAAUUUCCAUGCAUGGAAAUUGGUUAAGGGCAUGGCUCUGAGAUCAGCCAGAUCUGUAUUUGAGUCUCAUUUCUGUGGCAUUCUUGCUAUGUGACCUUGGGCUAGUUACUUUACUUUUGUAUGCCUCAGUUUCCUCAUUUGGAAAAUAGGGAUAAGAGUGUAUGCUUUGAGUGAGCAGCUGUUAAUACUUGUCUGGCACAUAGUAAGUGCUCAUUAAAUGCUUAUUAUUUGAGGGAGGGAGAAUUAGAGAUGUGGAUGGUUGCUGUAGUAAAACUUAACCUCCUUUUUAAAUUUUUCUCAGAGGAAACACAAAAAUAGAAGAGGCUUGUGAAAUGUAUACCAGAGCUGCAAAUAUGUUCAAGAUGGCUAAAAAUUGGAGUGCUGCAGGAAAUGCAUUUUGUCAGGCAGCCAAGCUCCAUAUGCAGCUUCAGAGCAAGCAUGAUUCUGCCACCAGCUUUGUGGAUGCUGGCAAUGCUUACAAGAAGGCAGACCCUCAAGGGAAGGUUUACGAUCGCAGCGAAGCACCACAUCACCAUUGCGGAGAUCUAUGAGACCGAACUGGUAGACAUCGAGAAGGCUAUUGCACAUUAUGAACAAUCGGCUGAUUAUUACAAAGGGGAAGAAUCCAACAGUUCAGCUAACAAGUGCCUGCUGAAAGUGGCAGCAUAUGCCGCCCAGCUGGAGCAGUACCAGAAAGCCAUCGAGAUCUACGAGCAGGUUGGGGCAAACACCAUGGAUAAUCCUUUGUUGAAGUACAGUGCAAAGGACUACUUCUUUAAAGCAGCCCUCUGUCACUUCAUAGUAGAUGAACUGAAUGCCAAGCUUGCUCUUGAGAAAUAUGAGGAAAUGUUUCCAGCAUUUACUGAUUCAAGGGAAUGUAAGUUACUGAAAAAACUUCUAGAAGCUCAUGAAGAACAGAACAGUGAAGCUUACACUGAAGCAGUGAAGGAAUUUGACUCAAUAUCUCGCUUAGAUCAGUGGCUCACGACCAUGUUGCUUCGUAUCAAAAAGUCCAUCCAAGGGGAUGGAGAAGGAGACGGGGACCUGAAGUGAACAUUUAUGUCUUUGUGGCAUGCAGCUGACUCCUCUUUAGUUUCAUGUUAGGGCCACAUGAUCUUUAUGGGAUGCCCAUUUAAUGGCUUACUUCUGUUGCACAUGAGCCAAACCAUCUGUGUGUUUAAGCUCCCUGUGUUUGUGUCUUCGUGAAGCGGAUGGCUUGGAAGCUCCUGUGCAUAUUGUGGGUGUGAUGGGCUAUUUCAUGCUUGUCAGAGCCCCCAGAGUUUUCUGAGAACUACUUCAGAAUCUUUUUCCUGUUAUUUUGAUAUUUGCAGAGCCCGUGUUCAAUUUUGUCAUGUAUUUUUAUGUCAUUUUCUUGGACUGGAGUACCCAGCCUAAUCAUUGUAAUAGAUGCUUUGCAUAUUUUCUGUAAAUUCACACCUGGAUGUAUUCUCUAAGUGUACAUGUUUAGUUCGGGAUGGUUGUUAGGAAUGAGCUUUAUGACUUCACUCCCUAGAAAUGGUUUUUGUUGUUGUCGUUGUGAUUCUUUUGAUGGUGCUAGUGACCCAUUUGUUUGCUUUUUAUAUUGUUGUGUUUGCUAACAUGCAUGCGAAAAUUCAGAACAGCCGGGGUCUGCCAGAAUCACUUAGUUAA